CAGGUGACCAAUUUUCUUGUCUUGUCUUGUCCAUAAUACCAGACCCCAUAAAAAGUUAGAAUACCUUAGCUUAGCUUAAGUUCUAGGUACUUACCUAAUUCACCUGCAAACGCCAUCAACCCCCCAGGCCGAGAAGACGUCUCCCACCUUUCCCAACAAGACUUCUAGUUUUGACGUUUCGCCAAUCUACUAAAAAUGGCAUCACAGCUUCUCCCUCUAGAACUCAUCGACAAGUGCGUCGGCUCCAGAAUAUGGGUUAUCAUGAAAGGUGACAAGGAAUUCAGCGGUACCUUGCUUGGGUUCGAUGACUACGUCAACAUGGUCCUGGAGGAUGUGACUGAGUUUGACUACUCGGGGAACCACACGAAGCUCUCUAAGAUCUUACUGAACGGCAAUAACAUAUGCAUGUUAAUCCCCGGAGGAGAAGGGCCUGUGGCGACUUGAUUAAGAAAUUAAGGCUAGAUGGGAUAUCAUUCGACGACUUCAGGUGGCCAUCAUGGAUACCGAGGGGCAAGUACAUUCACUAUCUUGCAUACUACGAUGGGUAAGCAAGGAGUUAGGAAAAUCAAUGGAAUUAUGACGAUUAAGACGA